CUGCGCACGAGACGUCGUGCGGACCCAGGCUCGCGGCGUCUCGGAAGCGCAUGCUCUAGAGCGCGCGUCCGGCAUCGGAAGCGGUUGGUCCCGAGAGUUGAUGGAGGAGAUUCGAGGUGGUUAUUUCCAGUCAGAGAAGGAAGCCCGUGUCUAGCAUUCUCUCCACAUGUCCCCCUGCCAUGAUCAAGUGCUUGUCAGAUGAAGUCCAAGCCAAACUGCGGUCCGGUUUGGCCAUAAUCUCCUUGGGCCAGUGUGUCGAGGAACUUGUCCUCAACAGUAUCGAUGCGGAAGCAAAAUGUGUGGCGGUCAGGGUGAAUAUGGAAACCUUCCAAGUCCAAGUGAUAGACAAUGGACUUGGGAUGGCGGGUGAUGAGAUAGAGAAAGUGGGAACCCGGUAUUUCACUAGCAAAUGUAGCUCAAUACAGGACUUGGAGAACCCGAAGUUCCAUGGUUUCCGAGGAGAGGCCUUGGCAAGUAUCGCCGACAUGGCCAGCGCUGUGGAAAUUUCAUCCAAGAAAAGCAUGGCUAUGAAAACCUUCGUGAAGAUGUUUCAGAAUGGGAAAGCCCUAAACGCUUGUGAAGCGGAUCGGACUAGACCCAGUGUGGGGACCACAGUAACCGUGUAUAACCUGUUCUCCCAGUUCCCUGUGAGGAGGAAGAGCAUGGACCCUAAACUAGAGUUUGAGAAGGUUAGGCAGCGGGUGGAAGCCAUCUCCCUCAUGCACCCUUCUGUCUCUUUCUCUUUGAGGAAUGAUGUUUCUGGUGCCAUGGUUCUCCAGCUCCCCAAAACCAAAGACACAUGUUCUCGGUUUUGUCAAAUUUAUGGAUUGGGCAAGUCUCAAAAGUUAAGAGAAGUACAUUUUAAAUAUAAGGAGUUUGAGUUUGGUGGCUGCAUUAGCUCUGAAGCGCACUACAAUAAGAGUAUGCAGUUUUUGUUUGUGAACCGAAGACUGGUUUUAAGGACAAAGUUGCAUAAACUCAUUGACUUUUUAUUAAGAAAACAAAGUACUAUAUGUAGGCCAAAGAAUGGCUCUGCCAGUAGGCAAAUGAAUUCCAGUCCUCGGCACCGCGCUGCCCCCGAACUCCAUGGGAUCUAUGUCAUCAAUGUACAGUGCCAAUGCUGUGAAUAUGACGUGUGCAUGGAGCCCGCCAAAACUCUGAUCGAGUUUCAGAACUGGGAUACCCUGUUGGUUUGUAUUCAAGAAGGAGUCAAACGGUUUUUAAAGCGAGAAAGCCUGUUUGUAGAGUUAUCAGGUGAAGCUAUUAAGGGCUUUAAUGAAGACAACGGUUUUGGUUUGUUUGGUGCUGCUCUGCAGACACAGGCGUCCGCUCGUGAGAAGUGUGACCAGAGCAGUUUCCAGGAAGCGUGCACUCAUAUUUUGGAUUCCUACGAAAUGUUGAAUUUGCAGUCGAAAGCUGUGAAAAGAACGGCGUCUAUAGAAAGUAGGAACGCACAGAAUUCUGGGGAUUCAGAAGCCAUCAGAAAACAGACAGCUGACGCAGUGCACAGUUGUGAAACAGAUGGCCUGGGCCAUAGUGGAAUGAUAGAGUCAUCACACAGCGAAGACAGCGCUCACUUAGCAUCAAGGGCGUUGGGAGAAGAGGGAGAAACCGAGAAACAUCAGAAAUCUUUCUUGGAACAGAGGACUUCAGAAAGUCCACAUGGAACUAGCCCAAAAAUGGUUUCAAGCCCUGAUCGGACACAUCAUCUCUUUGAAGAGAGUGAGGCAGAUGUAGAAAUACAGAAAAUAAGCCCUGUUGUUAAUGUCAUGGCUGCCAACGUUCCCCCAAAUAGUAGGAUUCAGAGCCUACUGGAGAAACAUAAAGAUGUUACUGAAGUGGGGUACCAGCCUCUGCCUUUUGAGAUAACAGCAUCUAGAGUCCAGGGUACACAGAGAAAGAAGGAAAAAGGAGAAAAAGAGCCGAGUAGUCCUGGGAGAGUAAAUGAUUUUAGAUAUGGAGAGGUUAAGUUAUGCUCUACUGGCUUUAUAACUCAUGUGGUACAGAAUGUGCACACUAAAUCAAGUGAAACAGAGCAUUCAUUUAAAAAUUAUGUCCGACCCGGUCCUGUAAGUGCCCAAGAGACAUUUGGAAACAGAGCACACCACGCACUCGAGACUCCAGACACCGAUUUAACAAGCACUUUAAGUACAGAAUCUGCUCGACUGCUCCACAAAAAAUUGUGCAGGACAAACACAGGUUAUGGGCUAAAGAACAACCCAGUAGCAGCGGAUGAGAGCUUGGCUCUGAUUCAGGAAGGUGGUACAGGACCGCACACAGGUUGCUUUUUGCCUGACGCACCCUCCUUCCCAGGGUGCAGCUAUGCUUCAAAUGGUAGUAAGAAAACAGAGAAGACGAUGCAUCCCUCCAGACUCUCAGGCCGUAGGAAGCUAAGCUUGCGUUCACAAGUAGGGUCUUUAGAGAGAUUUAAGAGGCAAUAUGGGAAGGUUAACAGUUCUCUAGAUACAGAAGGGGAAAAUAACACCGAAGUCAGGGCCCAUGGUGAUCCUCAGGUCGAACCUGACAUUCUCCUAAAUGACAAGGGCCACUUAGAUAUGCCUGAUGGUGGUAAGAUGGCUACCGUGGAGCACUGUGACACUUGUCAACCAGUAAGUCACGUCCUGCACUCAGAAAAAUCUCCAUUUUCCAAAGAAGCUUGCUUAGAACAGAUGCCUCAUUUGAGAGAAAGUCCUAUUACUCUGGCAGAAUUCUCUCCCUUUAACAGAAAACGUUCCAAUGUUGAGAAGUCCACCGAGUCACUUGCUUCAAAAUUAUCCAGACGGAAAGGUUCUGAAAAGGAGCUUCGAAAGACGGAGAUGACAGGCCAUAUUAGUGAACUUCCAGGUUCGGAUUCCAGUCGGACAGACAGUAGCCAGGGCACUAGGUUAGACUUACCUUUUGGUGAAUUAUUUAAAAAUAAACAUGAAAAAAUAAAGAGUGACGUGCUUCUGAUACCAGAUCCUGCCACCCAGGAUAAUUCCACCCAUGAUAGUGCAGUGCGUUCUCACAAUGUAGUGGACUACACAGAGAACCCUGAAACUCCUUUGCCAUUACCCUGCAGUGAUUCUAAAGCCAGUAAAGAUUCAGAUGUUCUCGUCAGAUCUUCAGAGCAACAUACAGGGACUCCGGAAUCUCCCAGUAGAAUGAUCACGGGUCAGGUAGAAGUUACCACUGCCGGCCAAGAUGGAAUUUCUUCCCAGAAUGAUGAGUCUAAAGCAAGAUCUUGUUCCGAAAAUGAAGAAUCUAAUUCAUACCCUAUGGGUUGGCAGCAGCAUUUUGAUGUAACGCUGGGAAGAAUGGUUUACAUCAACAGAACAACCGGACUAAGCACGUUCGUGGCUCCCACGGAAGAUGUUCGGACUGCUUGCACCAGAGACCUGACGACUGUGGCUGUGGACGUCCUCCUCGAGAAUGAUGGUUGUGAGCCACCACGUGGUUGCUGGGAAUUGAACUCUGGACCUCUGGAAGAGCAGCCAGUGCCCUUAACCGCUGAGCCGUCUCCAGCUCUGCCAGGCGUUCAUCUCUGCACAGGUUCAUCCAGCACUUGUUGUCUGUCACACUGUGGGGUCCAGUACAGGUGCCAUCCUUUUAGAAGCGACCUUAUUCUUCCUUUCCUUCCGAGAGCUCAGGAGGAGAGGAUUAUGAUGAGACCAAAGGCGAGAGAUGCUGUGGAUGCUGCUGUUGUCCGUGAAUCACUUCAGGCCUUGUUUUCAGACUGGAACAACCCAGUAUUUGCCCGGCACCCAGAGGUUGCUGUUGAUGUCAGCAGUGGCCAGGCUGAGAGCUUAGUGGUUAAAAUCCACAACGUGCUGUAUCCCUAUCGCUUCACCAAAGAGAUGAUCCGUUCAGUGCAGGUUCUCCGGCAGGUGGAUAACAAGUUUAUAGCCUGUCUAAUGAGCACGAAGGUGGAGGAGAGUGGCAAAGCAGUAACCAUGGAUGGUUUUGUAGGUGGAAACCUGCUAGUCUUGGUGGAUCAGCACGCUGCCCACGAGCGAGUUCGUUUGGAGCAGCUCAUUACUGACUCCUACGAGAAGCAGCCGCCACAAAGCUCUGGUCGGAAGAAACUCCUGUCGUCCACAAUAAUUCCCCCACUAGCGAUUACAGUAUCAGAGGAGCAGAGGAGACUCUUACGGUCUUACCACAAAUAUUUGGAAGAUCUGGGACUGGAAUUGAUAUUUCCAGAUGCCAGUGAUCCUUUGAUCCUUGUGGGGAAAGUGCCACUCUGCUUUGUAGAGAGGGAGGCCAGUGAGCUCCGAAGAGGAAGGUCUCCUGUGACUAAGAGCAUCGUGGAGGAAUUUAUUCGAGAACAAGUGGAGCUGAUUCAGACCACAGGAGGCAUCCAGGGGACGCUGCCGCUGACUGUCCAGAAGGUGUUGGCCUCCCAGGCCUGCCAUGGGGCCAUUAAGUUUAAUGAUUGCCUGAGCCUAGAGGAGAGCUAUCGCCUUAUUGAAGCUCUGUCCUUGUGCCAGCUGCCAUUCCAGUGUGCUCAUGGGAGGCCGUCAAUGCUGCCCUUAGCUGACCUGGACCACUUGGAGCAGGAGAAGACGGUAAAACCCAAUAUUGCUAAACUUCGCAAACUGGCCCGUGCCUGGCAUCUCUUUGGAAAAGCGGAAGGCUGUGAUACAAGGCAGAGCCUGCAGCAGUCCGCGCCUCCUGAGAACCACCACGGAAACAGAGUUAGGGAUCUGUGAGGAGUUACGGGAAAGCUGUGAGCAGAGAGCAUGCGCAGCACAGAACAACGCAGUGGUGCCGGGUCAGCCUGACAUGCGCAGGUCGGGUACAUCAGUCUCCUGGAGCAGAUGCACUCAAGCUGACGGAUCCAUGGACACAGGAGUUUGCCUUAUAACACCUGUGUUUUGUCAGCUGAUUUAGUAAUAAAGUGGUAAUGAUUUUGUAUUUGGUACUGA